CGGCCCCUGCCAGGGUGCUAGGAGUGGGCCGCACAUGCCCAGGCCGCUCCCUCACCCCAAACACAGUGCUCCCUCCUGCCCUCCAGCCCACGCCCUCCUCACACCCCUCCCCCGUGGCUCAGAGCCAGUCUGGGUCACUGGAGCAGCCUGUGGCCUAGGGAGUGACCCACAGGGACCCUAACCUGCGACCUUGGCCUCCUUCGCUUGACUGGCACCAAAGGACUUGGAAUAAAGCCGCAAGCUCAGUAAAACCCCAAGGAGACGCUGAACUAGGAGCGUCCCUUCAACGCCCCCUAACCGGACGCCCUUGAGAGCCCCGCAUGCAGACUCCACUCCAGGCCAUUCCCCCAACCCCACCAGACACAGCCCCCCACGCGUCACCCCGGGAAGGAAGGGGCCUCCCGUCUCCUGCCGGGGCUGCCCCCGGCCUCACAAUGUCCGGGGGGCAGUCUCCCCAUCAGCACUGUGCUCCCACAGCCAGCCGGGUGACCGACGGGGCCUCCAGCCUUUGCUUGAGUGCUGUGGGUAAUGGGGGACUCACCUCCAGCCUAGGAGGCCGCCCCACCUGUUGGUGGCCACCCCCUGUACCAGGCCCUUAGCUUCUGUAGGGGGCGGGGGAGACUUGUGCCCCCCAAAGGAGGUGAGGAGAAGACCAGGCCACGCUGGGUGCGUGGGGAGCAGGGCAGGAAGGAGUGUGAAUGGCCAGGGAGGAUCCCCGAGAUGAAAGCACCCCAGCGCACAGUGAGGACACCCCAGCCUCCUCCCUCCCCUGCACCCGGCUUCCCAGGGGCUGGCACUCACCCUGGCCCCGCCCCCCUUUGGCCGGCUCAGGUGUUCGAUGCCCGAGACUGCAGCUCAGCGCAGGAGAUGUUCACCUACAUCUGCAGCCACGUCAAGUACGCCACCAACCGGGGCAACCUGCGCUCGGCCAUCACAGUGUUCCCCCAGCGCUCGCCCGGCCGCGGGGACUUCCGGAUCUGGAACAGCCAGCUGAUUCGCUACGCGGGGUACAGGCAGCAGGAUGGCUCUGUGCGGGGGGACCCCGCCAACGUGGAGAUCACUGAGCUCUGUGUGCAGCACGGCUGGACUCCGGGAAACGGCCGCUUCGACGUGCUGCCUCUGCUACUCCAGGCCCCCGAUGAGCCCCCAGAGCUGUUCACUCUGCCCCCCGAGCUGGUCCUCGAGGUGCCCCUGGAACACCCCACGCUGGAGUGGUUCGCUGCCCUGGGCCUGCGCUGGUACGCGCUCCCCGCCGUGUCCAACAUGCUGCUGGAAAUCGGGGGCCUGGAGUUCCCCGCGGCCCCCUUCAGCGGCUGGUACAUGAGCACCGAGAUCGGCACGCGAAACCUGUGCGACCCGCACCGCUACAACAUCCUGGAGGACGUGGCUGUCUGCAUGGACCUGGACACGCGGACAACCUCGUCCCUGUGGAAAGACAAGGCGGCGGUGGAGAUCAACUUGGCCGUGCUGCACAGUUACCAGCUGGCCAAAGUGACCAUCGUGGACCACCACGCCGCCACAGCCUCCUUCAUGAAGCACCUGGAGAACGAGCAGAAGGCCAGGGGGGGCUGCCCCGCCGACUGGGCCUGGAUCGUGCCCCCCAUCUCAGGCAGCCUCACCCCAGUCUUCCAUCAGGAGAUGGUCAACUACUUCCUCUCCCCUGCCUUCCGCUACCAGCCAGACCCCUGGAAGGGGAGCGCAGCCAGGGGCGCGGGCAUCACCAGGAAGAAGACCUUUAAAGAAGUGGCCAAUGCCGUGAAGAUCUCUGCCUCGCUCAUGGGCACCGUGAUGGCGAAGCGCGUGAAGGCGACCAUCCUGUACGGCUCGGAGACCGGCCGCGCGCAGAGCUACGCGCAGCAGCUGGGCAGGCUCUUCCGGAAGGCCUUCGACCCCCGGGUGCUGUGCAUGGAUGAGUACGACGUGGUGUCCCUGGAGCAUGAGACGCUGGUGCUGGUGGUGACCAGCACAUUUGGAAACGGAGACCCCCCAGAAAAUGGAGAGGGCUUUGCAGCCGCCCUGAUGGAGAUGUCGGGGCCCUACAACAGCUCCCCGGGGCCCGAGCAGCACAAGAGCUACAAGAUCCGCUUCAACAGCAUCUCCUGCUCAGACCAGCUGGUGUCCUCAUGGCGGCGGAAGAGGAAGGAGUCCAGCAACACGGACAGUGCCGGGGCGCUGGGCACCCUCAGGUUCUGUGUGUUCGGGCUGGGCUCCCGCGCUUAUCCCCACUUCUGCGCCUUUGCACGAGCGGUGGACACGCGGCUGGAAGAGCUGGGCGGGGAGCGGCUCCUGCAGCUGGGCCAGGGCGACGAGCUGUGCGGCCAGGAGGAGGCCUUCCGGGGCUGGGCCCAGGCCGCCUUCCAGGCCUCCUGUGAGACCUUCUGCGUGGGAGAGGACGCCAAGGCGGCUGCCCGGGACAUCUUCAGCCCCAAGCGGAGCUGGAAGCGCCAGAGGUACCGGCUGAGCCCCCAGGCUGAGGGCCUGCAGCUGCUGCCAGGUCUGACCCACGUGCACAGAAGGAAGAUGUUCCAGGCCUCCGUGCGCUCGGUGGAAAACCUGCAGAGCAGCAAGUCCACCCGGGCCACGAUCCUGGUGCGCCUGGACACUGAGGGCCAGGACGGGCUCCUGUACCAGCCCGGGGACCACGUCGGCAUCUGCCCACCCAACCGGCCCGGCCUGGUGGAGGCGCUGCUGAGCCGCGUGGAGGACCCGCCGCCGCCGGGGGAGCCCGUGGCCGUGGAGCAGCUGGAGAAAGGCAGCCCUGGCGGCCCGCCCCCCGGCUGGGUGCGGGACCCCCGGCUGCCCCCGUGCACGCUGCGCCAGGCGCUCACCUUCUUCCUGGACAUCACCUCCCCGCCCGGGCCCCGGCUGCUGCGGCUGCUCAGCACCCUGGCGGAGGAGCCCACCGAACAGCAGGAGCUCGAGGCCCUCAGUCAGGACCCGCGCCGCUACGAGGAGUGGAAGUGGUUCCGCUGCCCCACGCUGCUGGAGGUGCUGGAGCAGUUCCCGUCGGUGGCGCUGCCCGCGCCGCUGCUCCUGACCCAGCUGCCCCUGCUGCAGCCCCGCUACUACUCGGUCAGCUCAGCCCCCAGCGCCCACCCGGGAGAGAUCCACCUCACCGUAGCCGUGGUGGCCUACAGGACCCAGGACGGGCUGGGGCCCCUGCACUACGGAGUCUGCUCCACGUGGCUGAGCCAACUCAAGGCUGGAGACCCAGUGCCCUGCUUCAUCAGGGGGGCUCCCUCCUUCCGGCUGCCGCUUGACCCCAACGUGCCCUGCAUCCUGGUGGGCCCCGGCACGGGCAUCGCCCCCUUCCGGGGAUUCUGGCAAGAGCGGCUGCAUGACAUUGACAGCAAAGGGCUGCAGCCCGCCCCCAUGACCUUGGUGUUCGGCUGCCGAUGCUCCCAGCUCGACCACCUCUACCGCGACGAAGUGCAGGAUGCCCAGCAGCGCGGGGUGUUUGGCCAAGUCCUCACCGCCUUCUCCCGGGAACCCGACAGCCCUAAGACCUACGUGCAGGACGUCCUGCGGACCGAGCUGGCCGCUGAGGUGCACCGCGUGCUGUGCCUCGAGCAAGGCCACAUGUUUGUGUGCGGCGAUGUCACCAUGGCAACCAGCGUCCUGCAGACGGUGCAGCGCAUCCUGGCGACAGAGGGCGACAUGGAGCUGGAGGAGGCCGGCGACGUCAUCGGCGUGCUGCGGGAUCAGCAACGCUACCACGAGGACAUUUUCGGGCUCACUCUGCGCACCCAGGAGGUGACAAGCCGCAUCCGCACCCAGAGCUUCUCCCUGCAGGAGCGGCGUCUGCGGGGCGCAGUGCCCUGGGCGUUCGACCCGCCGGGUCCAGACGCCGCCGGCCCCUGAGAGCCCGUUUACGCUCAAGGCCCAGCCCGCGCGAGCGCGGCCAUCAGUGCCCCUGACACUGCCCCUCCUGUCGGCCUGCCGAGGACCAGCACCUUGCCCUCCCCUCCCCGGACGCCUGUCUGUCCAGGGUCUGCGGGAACUCCCCUUAUUCCCCAGACAGAGUGGCAGUGUCGCUCCCGACCCAUCUCCCUCCCACAUCUGGAAAGCCCCACCCCAGCAAGGUGUUCCAGACGCCAUGGGUUACCCCUCCGAACUCUUUAGGUGAAUUUAGAUUCCCCUCACCUCUUUCAGAGGUACCUUAUCUUGAAACCUAAUCUUUAAAUCCAUCAAAUAUUUAUUAUUGAAGAUUCGCCAUAAGAGACUGGAUCAGAUAUUCUUAGAGCUACUGAGAUACCUAGCCCAGCCUGUCGAUUAAAAUGCCAGAACACCAGCUUCCUCUUCUUACUGGUGGGGGUGGGGGGUCUCUGGCAGGGAGUCCUGCCCUGCACUCUGACGCUGAUAUCAGAAAUGAGGUUUCUGGUCACUCAAGGGCACUGGGUGAUGCCCUCUUGCUCUUGACUGAGAGGCAGGGCGUGGGGAGGGCCAGCGUCCAGACUGUGCAGCGAGUCAGCCAGCCUGUGCGGCCGGGCUCAGACGGAUGAGGAACCCCAAGGCUUAAGACCUCAGACCAAAGCCGAACUCCAAAAUCAGCCCUCUCUGGAGUCUCUGCACUCACCAGUCCCACCAGUUACCCCCUCUGCAAGUCCCCUGGGAACUUGAAGGCCUGAGACCCCACUCAGACCCCAUUCCUCCUGUUUGCAGAUGGCCUUGCCCCAGCCCUGAGGACACCUGCCCCCAGACAUCCAGUCUGGGACAGCUAGCCGGCUGCCCCGUGGCCCUAGUGUGGAGAUCAUCGCUGACACUGGUUUCCAGAUGCCUUUGGCAUCUCUCCUGCCCUUUCUCUGUGCUCUGGGGCGAAGCCUGUCACUGACCCCCGACUCCAGCCC